AUGGCGAGCACAGGAUUUGAAUUCCCCGUAUCAGUCACUGCGGCUGAUACACCUACGCCUCUCCCCGGCGUCACUGCGACUUACGCCCCUGGUACCCCCUUCAUGGCCACUGCGGGUUACGCUCCUACGCCUUUCUUUGGUGCAGUUGCGGCUUACGCGCCUGCACCAUUCCUCCCCGGCAUUGCGACUUACGCGACAACGCCUCUCUUCGGUGGCACUACGGCUUACCCGCCUCCGGCUCUCUUCGACGCCCCUACGGUUUGUCCACCUACGCCAUUCUUUGCAAUCCCUUCGCAAUCUUCUGCUCUGGAUGUGGAUCUGUCUUUCCGCACUCCGGGCAUAGCAUUUACUCCACCCACGCCUUCCAACACUCCAUUGGGAAAUCCUCCCACUUCCUCAGCAACUCAAUCCUCCUCUGUAUCGCAACAAUCAAAUGCGUUUUGCACUGUUGCUUUGUCUUCAUCAACCACCAGUGCACCUACAAUUACAAUUCCUUUAUCUGGUGAAGGGACUGCACUAGCACAGACCACUACUUCUGCUGCUGUAACCGUACCAACAUCUGGGAUGUCAUUUUCAUCAGGACCAACUUCCACUACCAAUUCCGCUGCAUAUCCCCGUUUUACCUUAUCGUCUUCAGAGGCAUCUGCAACAAGAACUGCAUCUUCAGUAACUAGUAAGUCUCUCUUUCGUAGUUACUGCAUUAUAGUUUGCCAUUUACUGUUUGAUAAUUAA